AGCCCAAUCUGACAUUUGUCUAAUUUCAGCUUACCAAACAAACAUACAUUAAAAUUUCUGCACAUCAUGUCUAGAAUGAGAUGUUAGCGAUCGGGCUAGCGGCUGUUUUGGCUGCUCUUUUCACCUGUUGCUCCGGUGCGUCGGUCAACUAUUGCGGGUCUGCAAUGUGUGGAAUGUCCAAUGCUCACACGUUUUGUCAGUAUACUGAGGGUCCAGGCCCCAAAUGUACCGGUUACAUAGACGACCGUCUCUCGGGCGAAGAGAAGACGCGUUUGAUUGGCCGUAUGAACCGUCGUCGUAAUGAGGCAGCCCUGGGCAAAUUACAACUGCCUGCAGCUAGCAAUAUGCUUAAACUGCGUUGGGUCGAAGAGUUAGCGCGAGAAGCGCAGGUAUGGGCAGAUCAAUGCAACCCGCCCAGUUAUCCCGAGGGACAUGAUGUGUGCAGGGAUCUGUAUUCAAUAACAGUAGGUCAGUGCGUGGCAUCAGUGGUGGGCGAAGCGCCCGGCCUCCGGCCCGAGUCCAUGGUCGACAUGUGGUACUUGCAAGGCCGGCAGAAUACCAUCCCUACGGAUGACAAAAACUAUCCAAUGGACUUCGCGCAAAUGUUAUGGGCGCACACGUACUUAGUUGGCUGCGGUAGAAGCCGAUUUAUGAUAGAGCAAAACGGUCGUCUCCGUACAGUAACGCGGCUGGUGUGCAACUUCGCGCCGCGCGGACCGGAGGGCCCGAUGUGGGUCCCAGGAGCACCUGCCUCCGCCUGCCCGGCUCGCUCGGGGCCUGACCCGGUGUUUUCUGGACUUUGUACCUUCCAUCACGACGCGACCUUUACGUAUAAUGCCAGUAAUACAACAGUAUUAAAGGAACAGUUAGUUUUGGAUGCAAUCCUGGAAAUAGAGAAAAAUGAUUCUUUGAACUAUCAUGGUAGCUUGGACCAAAUAUAUUUGACAAAAAUGGUGGCAGCAAGUAUAAAUAAUCCAACUGAGCAGCAAUACCAACUUGAUACAGUUGAAGCCGAAAUUCCAGACUACAAGGAAGUCAUGAUAAAUGAUACUGAGGAUAGUACAAUAACUGAUUACAACCACGAUAAUGUAACAACAAAAAUAGUAAACGAUUCAUCUACAGCACGAGUAUCCAAAAAAAUAUUUAGUACAGUUGGAAGACCGAAAUCAUAUAACAUAGAAGAGCUCAUUGUAGUAAACAAGGAUACUGAAAAUGGAACAGCAAAUUCAGUGCCUAUCAAAGAAGAUAAUAUUUACAAUGAUUACGAUUUUGGCGCCGUUGUAGAGAGAAAUGAACGGGAUUAUAUUGCGACUAUGACUGAAAGCAGCGUAACAACUGCAAUACCAUCAGUUGUAAUCGCGGAAACGGCAAAAGAACUGGAAGAAGCACUGGAAAACAUGGAGAAAGCUCUCGCAUCUCAGCCAGUUUCCAGUAAGGUUCGUCGGGAUUUGCGUCCAUCCCAAGAAUUGAAAGAUACACCAGAACCAGAGCAGAGAGAGAAGGAGCCAAGACCACAAAAAGAGCUUCCUAAAGAGCUAACCCAAACCCAAAAACUGAAAGAAAUCGAGUAUAGUAUCAAAGUGUCUAGAAAACUAGCGAAACUCAUAAAUUUCAACUUGCACCGCAACGGCGUCGCCGAGCGGUCAUCGUCCGGUCUGAAGUCUGACUGA